GCGCGGCGCCAUCGCGGCGGUGACGCGCGGGCCGGGCCGGCCUAGACGGGGGCGGGGGGCGGCGUCGUCGCCUGGCCCGGUAUGGCGAUGUUCCGCAGCCUGGUGGCUUCGGCUCAUCAGCGGCAGCCGCCAGCCGGACCUGCGGGCGGCGACAGCGGCCUGGAGGCGCAGUACAGUUGCCCCAUCUGCCUGGAGGUGUACCACCGGCCGGUGGCCAUCGGCAGCUGCGGCCACACGUUCUGUGGGGAGUGCCUCCAGCCAUGUCUGCAGGUGCCAUCCCCCCUGUGCCCACUCUGCCGCCUGCCCUUUGACCCUAAGAAAGUGGACAAGGCCACCCACGUGGAGAAGCAGCUGUCAUCUUACAAGGCGCCAUGCCGGGGCUGCAACAAGAAGGUGACCCUGGCAAAGAUGAGAGUGCAUGUGACCUCCUGCCUGAAGGUCCAGGAGCAGAUGGCCAACUGCCCCAAGUUUGUCCCUGUGGUGCCCACAUCCCAGCCCAUCCCAAGCAACAUCCCCAACAGGUCCACAUUUGCCUGCCCCUACUGUGGUGCCCGAAACCUCGACCAGCAGGAGCUGGUGAAGCACUGCGUGGAGAGCCACCGCAGUGACCCAAACCGCGUGGUGUGCCCCAUCUGCUCGGCAAUGCCCUGGGGCGACCCAAGCUACAAGAGCGCCAACUUCUUGCAGCACCUGCUGCACAGGCACAAGUUCUCCUAUGACACCUUCGUGGACUACAACAUCGAUGAAGAAGCUGCCUUCCAGGCUGCCCUCGCCCUGUCCCUCUCUGAGAACUGAAGGCGCAGCGGCCGUGCCCAAGCCCGGGCCAGCGGAGCUGCUCUUGGGCCAAGUACUAAGAGCCUGGGGGCCGAGAUGCCACCUGGCUGUCCAUCAGCGGUCCGGGCCCACAUCGGUGCUUUGUGGGGCAGGUGCCAGCCAGUGGGACUCGGAGCAUUCGGCUGCCUCUUCCAAGCCAUGACGUUGUCCUUGCGUGAGGGUUGGGGUACCCAGCUGAAGCCAGCAGGAGAGCAGAGAAGCAGCCCAGCGCCCCUGCCAGCCUGACCCGGCACCUGGCUAUGCUUCCACCGUGCAUAUUUGGUACUGGCUUUUGUGAUACUUAGAAACCCUGGCAUUUUUCUAUCUUAUCCCAUGUGAUAACCUUUUCACGUUUUAUAGAGCAAAGACAAAGCAGUUACACUUCAUAUUGCAAUAUCUGUGUUUGACUAGGCAGAAUAGUAUUUUUAUGGAACAUUUACAAAAUUAUAUUUUUUAGAAAAAAAAAACAAAAAAUAAACCUUGUGUGGGACCAGAGGGCAAAAGUGGCUGGACACAGCUGAAGCCAGACAAGCUGGGGUCUAACCUGGGCCUGGCACCCCAGAGAUGGCACCCCAGUCAUCACUGUCAGCACUCUGAAGGGGGUCUUGCUUGUGGUUUCUCUGGUGACAACCAGGAAGAGGUUACAGCAUCUGGCCAUGACAGUGGCCUCCUACCUGGUCCUCACCUUGGUGUCUGCCAUCCCAGCUGGAGCAGAGCUCCCGGGGUUCAGGCAAGGGCCUGUUUGGUGGUGGUCAGACCAGAAAACACUCGACAGUGCUCCUGUUUUGUUCAUGGCAUAAUUAUUGCUGUCUUUUCAAAGAAUUUUCAAUAAAACGAUCCAAGUG